CCACGGAAUUUUUAUAUUUACGUUUUCCACUGCUCGCCUCUCCUCUCCGCUCCUCAUUGCCCCUCUUCCGUCGCCCGCUCGCGCCUCCGAGAAGCUUCGCAUCGCGAUCGCUUCCGCCUCCACGAGCUCCCAUGGUGGAUGCGCCCACCGACGGCUAGGGUUCCAACUCCCCCCCCUGGUUUUGGCGAGCCUCUUGCGGCGGAGGCGGGGAGAUGAACGGGGAGGUGGAAUGCAGCGUGUGCCACGCGAAGGUAGCGGUGCCGGCGGCGGUGUCGAAGGCGUACGACAGCCACCGGAGCACCGUGUCGUCGCGGCAGCGCGCGCUCAACGUCCUCCUCGUCUCCGGUGACUGCAUCCUCGCCGGCCUCCAGCCUAUAUUAGUGUACAUGUGUAAAGUGGAUGGGAAAUUCAAAUUCAGCCCAGUCAGUGUGAACUUCUUGACAGAGAUCACAAAAGUUAUCUUUGCCAUCAUCAUGCUGUUCAUCCAGGCUAGGCGUCUAAAGGUGGGAGAGAAGCCACUUCUUACAGUUUCAACAUUUGUGCAGGCUGCUCGCAACAAUGUUCUUCUUGCUGUUCCUGCUUUUCUCUAUGCUAUCAACAAUUAUUUGAAGUUUACAAUGCAGCUAUAUUUCAAUCCCGCUACAGUGAAAAUGCUGGGUAAUCUCAAGGUUCUGAUAAUCGCUGUACUCCUAAAGGUGAUAUUGAGAAGGCGUUUUUCCACAAUUCAGUGGGAAGCCCUUGCUCUCUUGUUAAUCGGUAUAUCCGUUAAUCAGCUAAAGUCACUGCCUGAAGGUUCCACUGCACUUGGUCUUCCCGUUGCAGCUGGAGCCUACAUGUAUACACUAUUUUUUAUAACAGUUCCUGCAUUGGCUUCAGUUUACAAUGAAAAGGCCCUGAAAAGCCAGUUCGAUACCAGUAUAUAUCUUCAGAACUUAUUUCUGUAUGGAUAUGGUGCAAUAUUUAAUUUCCUUGGGCUUGUGAUCACUGCCAUCAUCCAAGGGCCUAGUAGCUUUCACAUUCUGGAAGGACAUUCAAAGGCAACGAUGUUCCUUAUUUGCAACAAUGCUGCACAGGGAAUACUUUCGUCAUUUUUCUUCAAAUAUGCAGAUACAAUUUUGAAGAAGUACUCAUCAACAAUCGCCACAAUCUUUACUGGGGUAGCGUCUGCUGUACUGUUUGGCCAUACUCUGACUAUAAAUUUUGUUCUUGGAAUAUCAAUAGUAAUUAUAUCUAUGCACCAGUAUCUAUCUAACCAAAUUAAGGACCAAGUGCCUAGCAGUAAAGUUGAGAUGGCUGAUGCUGAGGAUCACAGCGGAUUAAAGGAAUCUGUAUACGUCAAAGUCGAUUCAGUGGCAGGCGAGGCUAAACACCGACAUGGAUCUGAAGAGAGACAGCCACUUCUUCCCGUCUGAUGUUGUCUAAGAGGUUUUCGUCUUGUUGUCUAGAGUGCCAGAAGUGUGCACCUGAGCAUGGGAAGAUUUAUAUAGCCUUUUGACCUAAUGUUCCCCAAGCCACGCUAUGGCGAUGAUGUUUAGAGGACUAUGGCACGAUGGCGAGCUUGCUGAAACACUUUGGGGGGGGGGGGGGGGG